CGACUACAUUCGGAACCACCUGAACCUGCGUGGCACCAAGUACAUGUGCAAGGAGGGUGGCUGCGGAGCUUGUAUCGUGGCCGUCACCGUCUGCGACCCCCAUCGCAGAACCUUCUCUGUCAAUUCUUGCCUAGUAUCAGUGACGUCAUGCCAAGACUGGGAGAUAACUACGAUAGAAGGCAUCGGCGACCGAGCGCGCGGCUACCACCCCGUGCAGAAGACGCUGGCCGAGUACAACGGCACCCAGUGCGGGUACUGCAGCCCCGGCUUUGUCAUGAGCAUGUACAGUCUUCUAGAAGCACAUAAGUACGAUCUGACACAAUACGAAAUAGAAAAUUCUUUUGGAAGCAACACGUGCAGGUGCACUGGAAGCAGACCGAUUUUGGAUGCGUUCAAAAGCUUUGCCAAAGAUGCACCAAAACCACCUCCUAAACUUGAAGAUAUUGAAGACCUGUAUAUAUGCAAGAAAGAAGACUGCCAAAAUUGUGAAGAGAAAUGGUGUAUGGUCAAUAAUGAUCCCCCACAUGUUAAGGUGAUACAUUUGAAAGAUGGACACGUGUGGUACAGGGUCAAUGAAAUUAGUGAAAUAUUUGAUGUUUUGGAUAAAGAAGGUUAUGAAUCUUACAUGUUGGUUAAUGGCAAUACCGGAAGAGGUGCCGUGCCAAUUUUAGUCUUCCCAAGAGUUCUGAUCGAUAUUAAGCCAAUCAAAGAUCUCAAAGGACAUUACUUAGACCAAAACUUGGUAGUCGGUGCUGGCACAACGCUGACUGACCUCAUGCAACUAUUUAAAGAAGUGUCGACACAACGCGAAGAAUUUCAUUAUCUGAUGAAACUUUAUGAACAUUUAGACUUGGUUGCUCAUAUACCUGUGAGAAAUAUUGGAACAAUUGCUGGAAAUUUGAUGACGAAACAUCGUCAUCCAAAGUUCUCAUCGGACAUUUUCCUUUUGCUUGAAACUAUUAGAGCCACGUUGAUAAUAGUUCACAAAGGCACAUCAAUUGAGGUGACACCGGAACAAUUUCUCUCACUGGAUAUGACUGGCCGAGUGAUUGUUCAUGUGAAGAUACCACCACUGUCACCGCGUUACCAGUUUGUGUCUUUUAAGAUCAUGUCUCGUGCUCAAAAUGCGCACGCGCAAGUCAACGCUGCGUUUUUGUACGAGUUCGAUGACCACAACAAAGACAUCGUUCUGUCAGCUAGAAUAGUGAUGGGUGGCCUUUCAGGGAAAUUUGUUCACGCCAGAGAAACUGAAGAGUUUCUUUGUAAGAAGAAAAUAUUCACUAAUCAGGUGCUGCAACAAGCUCUCAAGGUCUUAGAAGGUGAAUUGAUAGUUGAAGACAUAGCGGGUGAGAUGAAGCCUGAAUAUAGGAAAAAAUGUGCUCUUGGCUUAUUUUAUAAGGGCUUGCUGGUACUGAUUCCGCAGCAGAAGCUGAAACCUUGGUAUCGUUCUGGCGCCAGAGACUUAAGAAAAACAAGACCGCUGUCAAAAGGAUCUCAAAUGUAUGAUACCAAUCCGAUUACGUGGCCUGUUAAUGAACCCAUGCCGAAAGUUGAAGCACUAAUACAAUGUGCCGGCGAAGCGUUUUAUUCAAAUGAUUUGGCCACUCAACCUAAAGAAGUGUUCUGCGCUUUUGUGACGUCAGAUAUCUGUACUGGAGAAAUUGAAAGCAUCGAUCCUGCCCCGGCUUUGAAAAUACCGGGAGUUCUGGCAUUUUUCUCAGCUAAAGAUAUCCCUGGCAAUAAUUCUUUUCUGUCUCAACGAGUUCCAUCUCAAUUGGUACCAGAAGAAGUAUUUGCUGAGAAAACUGUUAAGUACUACGACCAGCCUAUUGGACUGAUCGUUGCCGAAACUGAGAAACUGGCAAACAGGGCAGCAUUACUUGUAAAGGUUAAUUACAGAGUAGAUAAAAAGAAACCCAUUUUAACUAUCAAUGACGCUAGAGAGAAAGAACCGAGUCGUGUUAGCCUCUUUCUCGUGUUUCCUGCAAGAGACCGAGGACUUAAUGUCCAAAAAGUUCUGAAAGGAUCUGAUGACAUCUACGCCCAAUACCAUUACACCAUGGAAACGCAAACAGCUAUCACGAGGCCAAAUGACGAAGGUCUCGAAGUAAUUUCAAGCACUCAGUGGAUAGAUUCUACGCAUGUAGGAAUUUCAGAAGCAUUGAAAGUUGAGCAAAACAGAAUUAGUUUAAUUGCGCCUCGUUGUGGUGGAGGUUAUGGAGCUAAGAUUAGCCGCGGGAACCACGUAGCGGUCGCUUGUGCGUUAGUCUCUCAUCUGAUGAACCGACCCUGCCGGUUUGUAAUGAGCAUUCAAGCUAACUUAAGAGUAGUUGGAAGACGACUACCCUGUACACGAGACUUUGAACUGGGUGUAAGCGAUUCCGGUGAAAUCCAAUACAUGGAGUACCAUCUGUACGAAGACAACGGUUACGUCGUCAGUGAACCUAUAUCUUCUCUAGUACUAAGCGGUAUCAAGAACUGCUACGACAAUAGGCGUUGGCAGUACAAAAUAUUUAAUGUAACAACUGAUACACCUUCUAAUACUUAUAAAAGAGCGCCAGGAACACUGGAGGCGGUAUCGAUGACAGAGCAAAUAAUGGAACGGAUAUCAUAUGAGGUAGAGCGUGAUCCUAUUCAAGUUAGAAUGAGUAACAUCCAGCCGGCGUACACUGAUGUCAUAGAGAUGAUACAAACACUGCGCCGAGACGGGGAAUAUGAGAAACGUAAAGAAGAAGUCCAACAAUUCAAUAAACUUAAUAGAUGGAAGAAACGUGGACUCAGAGUAGCUUUCAUGAGCUGGCCUGUACCACUUCUCGUUGACUACCACGUGCUACUCACUGUGUACCACGGUGACGGAAGUGUCGUCGUUCAUCACGCUGGCGUGGAAAUUGGCCAAGGCAUCAAUACGAAAGUCAUACAAGCCGUUGCUUACACCUUAAACAUUCCCAUUGAGAAGGUGAGGUGUUCAGUCCCCACUGCUUCGACCACUCCUAAUAGUUUUACUGUUGGCAGCAGUAGGACGACUCAGUCAGUUUGUUUUGGAGCUAUUAAGUGCUGUCAAAUUAUAUUGGACCGUAUUUCUGCUAUAAGGGACACUCUGACUGAUCCUACAUGGGAGUUAUUAGUGGAAACUGCUUUCAAUAGAGGCAUAAACCUACAGAGUAGUUACCGAGUUACUGCUAAUGAUCAGGCGCCGUACAGGUGUGGUGGUGUAGCACUAGCUGAGGUAGAACUUGAUAUACUGACGGGAGAACAUGACAUCACAAGGGUAGAUAUUGUAGAAGACGUUGGUACGAGUACUAAUCCUGAGCUGGAUAUUGGUCAGGUUGAGGGUGCAUUCGUUAUGGGCGUUGGUUACUGGACUCACGAGGAACUAAUUUAUGACGAGAAAACUGGUGAGCUGUUGACAGACCGCACUUGGUACUACAAGGUGCCUCUCACUAAAGAUAUACCGAUUGACUUUAGGAUACAACUCAGAAAGAACUCUUACAACCCCGUGGGAACAUUGGGUGCUAGAGCGGUUGCCGAGCCUCCAACAUGUCUAUCUAUAAGCGUGGCCUUCGCACUAAGAGAGGCAAUCGCAUCAUCACGGGAAAACUCCGGGUACCCUAGAAACAAAUGGUUUAAAGUCGAUGGCCCAUUCACACUGCAAGCCAACGUUUUGUCAGCGGAUGCGAAAUUAUCCGAGUUUCUGUUUAAUUAGGAUACCUUGAAUUGUUAUUUUACUUUUUAUAUUUGUC